CGCACGUCGGGCCGCGCCGGGGUGGGGCGAGUGCGGUUGCGCCGACACCGGUACAUAGGCGCGGGCCGGCGUGUCCUUGGACUUAAAGAGCGGGACGUCGGACUCGCGGAGCGGACUCUCUGUGUCACGUGAGACGAAAGCGAGAUUCAAAGAUGGGUGAUAUUGAGAAGGGCAAGAAGAUUUUUGUCCAGAAGUGCGCUCAGUGCCAUACCGUGGAGAAGGGAGGCAAGCACAAGACCGGGCCCAAUCUCCAUGGUCUGUUUGGGCGGAAGACGGGGCAGGCCGCUGGAUUCUCUUACACCGAUGCCAACAAGAACAAAGGCAUCACCUGGAAUGAGGACACGCUGAUGGAGUAUUUGGAGAACCCCAAGAAGUACAUCCCUGGAACAAAAAUGAUCUUCGCUGGCAUUAAGAAGAAGACCGAGCGGGCAGAGUUGAUAGCUUACCUCAAAAAAGCUACUAAUGAGUAAUAGUUGGCACCGCCUUAUUUAUUACAAAACAAAUGUCUCAUGACUUUUUUAUGUGUACCAUAUUUAAAUCCAUCUCGUUCACCAGAAUUCAGAUCAUGAGUGACCGAUAACGUAUUUUUGUUGGGCAGCCCUGAUUUAAAUAAGAUUGGCUUGUGUUUUAAAUGAGUAUGAUCAGUUUUUUUGAAUUAAUGAUAAUUCCAGGUCAGCAAGUGCAAUCACUGUCCCUUUCCAAAGAUAUGAUUGAACUUAAUUCGUCACAUUCACCUUUCCAAGGGAUGGAGAUGGCCAUCUCAAACCUGUGGGAGAAUAGUUUUCUAUUCAGAUUUAUAGAACCGGCUAUAUUAAUAUAUCUAAAGAUUGAGGAUAUCACUGUCUCCUUAGGUUGUUUCUUAGCCUGAUGAGAUUAGUUGGCAGUGACCUUAUAUCUUUUUCUUAAUUGUGGUAAUUAAAAAUUCCCUAUAUCUAAAAAUGUUGCCUUUCACUUACUGAAAAGUAUUUUAAUGUGAUGUAUGUAUAACAUUGAAUAAAAAAUACCACUUCUCACAACUUUUAGAUGAUCUUAAAGUCAGAUGCUUUUAAAUUUUAGCCUGGUGAGUUAAGAGUGGCAAGUUUUGCUGCUUCUUUACUAAAGUCAGACUAUGAUGUAGUUCAGGAUUGUCUUAAGCAGCUAUUCAGAAAUGCACACUUAGAAAACUAACCCUGUGUAUGUAAUUGAUAACGGUGCUUUUGCCAACUCAUUAGUAGAGGAGAUAUCAUUAGCACAAGUUUGUAAAUUAUGUGAUCAUAAGAAUUAAGAUGAUUAAAACAAAGUCACAGAUGA